AGCCCCAGCCACACAUUCUCCAGCAGCCCCAGCCACACACCCUCCUGCAGCCCCAGCCACACACCCACCUUUCCCCCCACCCCCGCCCAGUUUCAGUUACCAUCCUCGCCUUCCCUCAGUCACAGACAGGGGGAGUGGAGGACAGAGGGAAGAAACUUGGCAAACUCCUGCGUGCUGCACCUGGUGCUGAGAUCUGAUCCCCGCUCACACCGGGCAGUACAGUCCGCUCAGCACUGCACCCCGGAGACCACUGUAGCCGCCGAGCAUGCCAUCCGGGCGGGUUACUGGGAAAGCUUCUGCCAGGGAGCAGGCUGAGACGUCCUGGAGAUGUACUGGGCAAUGAGGUGCAGAGUGCGGGGAUCAGGCAUUGGAUCGCACUGACUGCUGAGUGCGCCGGAGGGAGCAGCACGCACGUACACUGCCACCAGUAACUCCCGCACUGCCCAGCCGGGACAGUAACUUUCUCAGCGGCCGCCCACAGAGAGCCAAGCCCGGGAGUGAGAGCACGGCCACAGCUAGCGCCCAGACUGCCACACUCACACUUCCACCAGCGCCAGGGCACGUAGGAUGACCCCCUGAUCUGCCAGUGUGCCGGUGUUUGGACGUGCGGGACACAGCGUGGAGUGACAGGCACAGGUGGAGAUGGCUAAGCCGGUGGACCAUGUGAAGAGACCCAUGAACGCCUUCAUGGUGUGGUCCAGGGCACAGAGGAGGAAGAUGGCCCAGGAGAACCCCAAGAUGCACAACUCGGAGAUCAGCAAGCGGCUGGGGGCAGAGUGGAAGCUGCUGACGGAGACAGAGAAGAGACCCUUCAUUGACGAGGCUAAGAGGCUGCGCGCCAUGCACAUGAAGGAGCACCCGGACUACAAGUACCGGCCCCGCAGGAAGCCCAAGACCCUGCUGAAGAAGGACAAGUUCGCAUUCCCCAUGCCUUACAGCCUGGCAGGGGACCAUGAGGGUCUGAAGGCCUCCGGGCUACACGGGGCAGGGAUGCUCACUGACUCCUUAUUGUCCAAUCCGGAGAAAGCUGCUGCUGCCGCCGCUGCGGCCGCCGCCAGGGUCUUCUGGCCUCAGUCUGCGGCAGCUGCUGCAGCAGCCGCAGCAGCGGCAGCCGGCGGCGCUAACAGCCCCUAUUCCCUGUUUGACCUGAGCUCAAAAAUGGCAGAGAUCACAUCCAGCUCUUCCGGCCUCUCUUACGCUUCAUCUCUGGGAUACCCACCCUCCAGUGGUGGUGGCUUCCCUGGGGUGGCAGCUGCAGCUGCUGCAGCCGCAGCUGCCAGUGGAGGUCACACUCACUCUCACCCUUCUCCCGGAAACCCUGGCUAUAUGAUCCCAUGUAACUGCACUGGGUGGCCCAGUCCAGGACUACAACCCCCUCUAGCCUACAUCCUAUUCCCGGGCAUGGGCAAACCUCAGUUGGACCCUUACUCCACGACAGCGUAUGCAGCAGCUUUAUGACAAAAUGGCUGCCCUGGAAAGGGCAGUGUCAGUGCACCACCCAGGUGUCACUUCAUGUGGGACACAUGGACUCAACCUUAGGGCAGGGAGCCCUCCGUGCAGACUGACUAGCUGUCAUGCACCAUCACUGGCUGUUCUGUCUUUUUAUGCUGUGAAAACACUUAAAAUAUGGACUAAUGUGAUGAUUUGUGGGGAGACCCCGACUGUCACAGGUACAGGUCAUAUAGGUGAUGCCUUGUAGAACCACUGUGCAUCUCACAGCCUGUCAGUGUGGAGGGGCUUGUAAUAAUCUCAUGUGCUAUGCAGGUCCCUCUACGACUGAAUAUGUGCAUAUGGGCUACGGUCACCCAACAAACUACAAACAUUUCAGAAAAUCACCUUUUGCCUCUUUCUGCACUUCUAAGGUGGAUGGAUACCUGUCAGGCAAUGGACAUGCUGACUUCUCUCUAUCCUGCAGGCACUAGCUGGACACUUAGACACAGAAAAGCUCUUCUUGAUGGACCUGGGAUCUGGUAAACCUGUAUCCUUCCCAUCCAUCAAACUCAUCCCCCAUACACCGGUGCACCGUUACAUUGUGCCCCCUGUGCUGUCUGAUCAAACAUGGUUACAUAUUACUUGUACUAGAACUAUUUGUCUACAGCCUGAUACUAAUGAUGGUCUGAUCUUUCCAUAACCCCUAGGAAAUGUAGUGGAGUAGAUAAUGGGGGAUAUGUACUAAGCCUGAAAAGUGAUAAAUAUCACUGUGAUA